UUUUAGGUACAGAUUUUCUAAACUCUUUGCUGAAACAGCAAUUGACUGACCGUUGCUAUUUCAACGUCUUGUCAUUCAUUCAUCAGUCACCUAUCAGUUUUGUCGACAUCUCUUAACAUAUACAUAUAAUGUUAUAAAAUUUCAAGUUGUAUAUAAAAUUUCUGAGUUUUUCCUUUCGGGUUCAAAUGUUGCCGGUUCUGUUCCUGGUUGCGACAUAUUUGUGCCAGAAUGCUGCACCGUACCAACAAUACGAGGAUCCUGAAGAUGGUGACGGCAGCGAUGAUGACUUCGACGAUCAUUAUGAAGAGGAAGCUGUCAUCCCGGCAACAGCAGGAGACCUCAAGUCGUACGACAUUGAUUUCUCCAAAAUGAGGCGGUACAACACCCCCCCGCGUACACUAAGUCCUCAAGAAAUAAAAGAUGUCAAAGGUGCUUUGAAACAGAUACUCGCUGAUCGAGAAAUAGACAAUCAAUUAACAUUAAUACAUACUGACACUACAGUCAUUAGUCGAUAUACAGAAACAGAACGCCCAGAUACUGUUACUGAAGAUCAAUACACUGGGUUAACAAAACUCCAAGUCAUAGACGAGAAAAUAUAUGAUGACUUGAUAGACGAACUUAUAAACAACGUCAAAAGAGACAUUGCAACCGAUAAACAGACAAUUCUUGAUGUUACUACAUUAAUAGAUGAAAAUGGUUUAGAAUUUACUCUGCCUAGUCGAUCAUCCUGGGUUCCAUUGACAAGAACUCCAUCUUUAGAUGAAGUGCAUAGACAAGAGACAGAUGAAACUAACAGUAUGCCGCGUCAAACUGAUGUACCUGUUACAUCUCCUCUGGUAACUGAUAUAUCGUUUGCAACAGAUGUAACAACUGAAACUGUUAAUUUGCCUGACGAUAUUGCAUCAUCUAAAGCUAAUACGUUGCCUGAAGUAAAGUUAGAAACUAGUGCAUCCAUAACUGACGCGUCAUUUACUACAUUUAUAGUUGACAAUUCUAAAUCAGAAAAUUAUGAUGAAACAACAACCCAGAUGAACAUAUAUGCAAGAGUACAAGCAACAACUGAUAGAUCAACGAAUUGUACAUCAACCGGAUCGGCAUUGGACGUACCGGCUCUUCUAGAUAUUAUAUCGAAUUUAACGUAUGAUUACGAGUCAAAUUUGACGCGAAUGUUCAAUGAGACGUUAAGGAAGUACAAUAUACCGACGUGCAAGACUCCGACAGAGGUUGAGGAGACUACAACGUUCCCUACAGAAGACGAUUUCCAGAAUGCAACAGUUGUAGCCAAGUGCUUCGUUUGCGGACUGGAUGUGACUGCUGUUCCCCAGAAUGCGUACUGCGCAGAUGCAUUCGCCGGGGACUUCCUGCCACUGGUGCCAGUGGACCCUCGGGCGAGAGGCCAUAUCGCCAGAUAUAGGAAAUAUUGUCGAUAUUUGGACGUGAAUAAAUACAUAACGACAGACCUGGAGCCCCGCUCGGUGUUCGGGCGAUUCACCGGCGGCUGCUCCGUCCGGUGGGUGGACCUCAGCGGGAUCUACACGCAGCGCACCUGCCGCAACAGACAGCACGCCGUCAUGGGGAAACACUACGGCAGCAAGCGGAUGGCAAAGCUGGAAAUGGCGUUAAAGGACGUAGACAAUGGAUGCCUAAUUAGUCCAAUGGCUUCCCUGGUACCAUUUUCAAGAGGCGUAUCUUUGUACGCACGUUUCCAUGCCUGCGUUUGUACGGGGAAUUGGUGUAACAGUGCGAUUAGUAAGCAGCCGUGGAUGGUGACUAUAUUCGUACUCUCAUAUACGGUUUUAAUCACAGAGUAAAUUAUCAUUAUCACAAAACGUAGUGAUUACUUGCUCAUUGGUUGACGUCUUACGAGAAAGCUAAAUUAAAUUAAUCUGUGCAGACAUUAGUAGCGUUGAAAUGCUAUUAGAAAAAAAGUGGUUAGCACAGAUUCAUAAAAAUAAUAUUGUGUCUAUUCACUAGCAGAAAAAAUAAACAUAUAUUUUUUUAAUAUUUUGAUUUUAAGAACACGC